AUGAUCAGCAGCACUUUUACUCUCCAGUUAAGGAGAAGAUCAUGCAGCUCCACGACCUCCUCCAACUCGUCCACCUCCCCUCAGAUGUUUUACUCUUCUCGAGGACGUGUGGGUUGGUGUUGUGCAGCCGGACACGCCAGCUGGAAGUCAUGCAGCCUCACCUCCAGUCCCAGCGGAAGAAGCACCAGCAACAGCAGCAGGUCACGGGCCUCUAGUUGGGAUAGUAUGAGCUCAGAGGCAACCACCUGCCUAAAGCUCAACACCAACAGAUUCCAUGAAGUACAGCAACGUUGUGACCAGCAAAAUGGGUGCAGACCCCUUAGAGAAACUGGGAGCUGCCAGCAGGGGGCAGUAUUGACCAGUGGGGAGGAAGGGAGGAGCCCCAGUAAAGUUGUCAACGUGACCUCUGGACAGGCCAUGUCUCAUUUGGCUGUGUUACAGCAUCAACUGGAACUAAAAAUCGAAGCCAAAUUGAAGUUCUCACAGUUCCUGGAUGAAGUGAGCAGCCGAGUCCUUCGCCCUACCAACCUGUUCGUGUUAUCCAAGCAGACUGAAUCCUCCAGGUCUAACUCUUCCAUUUCCAGUAACAGUAACAGCAAGUCCAGGAUCCCAGACGUCCAACAGCAGCCAGGGGACGUGGAUUUUUCCCUGCAUAGCACCCAAUCUGUGGAUGGGAUGCAGGAAGAACAAGGUGCACCAGAGACUGUAGGAAAAGCCUACCUGGAGACGGACAUCGAUUGUGUGCGAAGAGAAGAUGAGAUAAAGGAAGUUAAGACCAAGAAAGAGACAGCCAUCACAUUUGAGAGCAAUGAGAGAAGAGAAGUUAAGAGUCCACCGGAAAGUCAUCCAAACCCCAUCCAGAGAAUCAGACCUUUGAGUCCACGGCUCUAUAGAGAGGAAACCCUCUCUAGAAACCCCUACCGAUCUGUUUCCCUUCCCAGGGACAUCAACAUAGCUUCGGACGAGGAGAUGCAGACCAUAAGCUCUCUGCAGGAACAGAAGGAAGACCUGCGCAAACGUCUCUCCUACACCACUCAUAAGCUGGAGCUUUUAGAGCGCGAGUUUGACUCCACGAGGCAGUACCUGGAGACCGAGCUGCGCCGAGCCCAGGAGGAGCUUGACAAGUUCACCGACAAAUUACGCCGAAUACAGAGCAGUUACUCAGCACUGCAGAGGAUCAACCAGGACUUAGAGGAUAAAAUCCACCGAAAUUCACAGCACCAUGAUGAUGAGAAACGGGCUCUUAGCAGAGAAAUCAUCGUCCUUAACAAUCAUCUCAUGGAAGCUAAGAUGACCAUUGAGAAACUGAGAGAGGACAAUGACUUGUACAGAAAGGACUGUAACCUGGCUGCACAGCUCUUGCAGUGUAAUAAGUCACAUUACAGAGCCCAGUUAUCUGAGUUGCCUGCAGAGUUUCAAGAGCGUGUAAGCUUGCACAUGGAGGGUUCUUCCCUCUGCCACUCCCCAUAUGCCGACACAGUGCCUGCCUCUGUCAUUGCUAAGGUCCUAGAGAAACCGGACGAGGUCUGCAGCAGUCAAGCCUCUCGCUCACCCAGCCCACAACCCCAGGAACGCCAGGGCUUCCUCGUGGGCACAAGCCUUGUGGGUAGCACUGAACGCCUUGGCCUCCGAGCUACUUACAAAUCAGACCUGUACAGCAGUGACACAGCACUUUAUUGCCCUGACGAACGGAGACGAGAGCGCAGACCCAGCAUGGACCUCCAUGGACAGCGGACAGUGUAUGAACCCCAGAACUCCACUGAUAGCAACCCAGAAGAGGGAUCCAUGUCCCUGCAGCCAGGCUUCUCGCAGGACCACUUCCGAAAGUUUACAACCUCUCUGGGAGGAGGCUCUAGCUCUUACUCCAGCUUUAGUGGAGGAGGGUCAGAGGACAAGGGUCAGGAUCCUCCGAGCAGUGCUGCAUCUUCUCCACGCCACCAUGCCCUUUACAUGGACUGGAGGGAUGGGGGUGAAUACGAGCACAAGAGCGACUCUUCCUGGGAGAGGGAGAGUCCAAGCGCCUUUUCCAAGGGCCACACUUUUCAACCGCCUGAGCCCAGCCACCAUCAGAAUGGUAGCUCACCCAUCUACAGCAGAACAAUGUCCUCCUGUUACAGUGAACCUUACGAGCCCCUGCCACCUUCCACUUCACCCAGCAUCACCUAUGGUGACAGUCGGCGUGGAAGUACUUUUGCUCCUGAGGAAGAAGAGCUGAUUGGUCGGUGGCGGCAACUGAGUGUGGAAGAUCUGAGUGCCCACUCAUACCGCAGUCCUGGACGGGCCUCACCCUACAGCUUCUCUGAGCAGCACUUCUCUGUCCGGCCUGCAAAAAUUCGCCUUGGUCCUCUCUACAGUAGCUUCCAGGAGGGUACUGAUGUAUACCACCAUCAUGCAGGGGUACUAGAUCCCUUCUCUAGCCCCAGCCCUGAUUGCAGCCCAGGCCUACGGCAGCAGCAAAGCCAACCUCACCUGUACCGCUCCAAGGAGGAUAGCCAAGAGUCAGAGCACAGCCUCUACAGCCCCAAGGAUGGUGGGGUGGCAGCCGGGGGCCAGGCAACAGAGUACGUUGACGUAAGUCCCAACAGUUCAAAUGAGUCACUGGACCAUGGAUCUCUGGAGAUGGCUGCCGAGCUGCAGCAUUACCAACCCGAGAGGCACAGCGUGUCCCCUCAGGGAACAACCCCACCACCACCUCCUCCACAACAACCGUACCAAAAAUUUGGCACACUAGGGCUGUCACGUAAGGACAGUCUCACCAAGGCACAGCUCUAUGGUACUCUACUAAACUAAGAGCAGUUUCCUGGUUACUCUCUUCUACAGCUCUGUGGUAUUCUACUAAACUAAGAGCAGAAUUUCCUGGUUACUCUCUUUUACAGCUCUACGGUACUUUACUAAACUAAGAGCAGGGUUUCUGGGUUACUCUAUUUUGUCAGUGGGUUUUGAAUGUUAAGCUACAGUUUGAGCCAAACACAUAAUGGGAUUUUCUGUUGAAUAUUUUCAGUCCAUCAGCUCUCUUAUCAUUUUUUCUCUCUAAUUCUGUAUCUGUUACAGUGUUUUCUAAACAUCGAACAUGAAUUGCUCAUGUUUCUACAGUUGAUAUGAAGCUCUAACAUUCAGCACUAUUUGUAUAGCCUAUUUUGAAAGUUUAUUAAUGGUUCUGUGUGGUUUGUGAGAAAGUAUUUUAAGUGCAUUAGGUGCAUUAUGAAUUUUUGGAAACUUGUCUGAAGAGAGAGAGAUAGAUUAACUUUGUUUUACCAAAAGCCUUCUGGGCUCAUAAGGGUUUGUGAAUGGACAGCACAUGCUAUGUAAAAAAAUGCUAAUUUUGACAAGAAAUUUGAUCUUUUAUUAUAUAAUUUACAAAUAGCUGUAUUUACUGUUAAGUAUGCUAUAUCUAUAAUUGUUUAAUAAAUGUAACACUAUGGAGAGAUUCAAAAAUCUAUAUAAUUGUAAAUUAUUUAUAUUGCUAUAAAUAAGGCAGUCAGCACAAUUAUACACACUGCAAACAAUUAAGUCAUGAUGACAAUUUGAGAUUUUACAACGACUCAUUGACAGAUCGUUCCACAGGUUUGUGGGUGAGACCUUAUGAAAAUAUUUUUGAGAAUAAACUCUGCAUGGAUUCGUAUUACCCUAAAUCAGCCCCUCAAGAUCAAGUCUCAACCAAAGUGAUACUUCUAAUCUAUUUCUAUUUCAAAUAGAUUUGAUACUACUCAAAUCUAUUACACCACCAAACAAGUACAUCUUGAAAGCACUGGGCAUUUUUUUAAACUCCUGAUGUGUUUUGUUGGGCGAUGGAAUUUCUGAGGUGAUUGUUCUUUUCGAUGUUUUCUCUUUUGUUCCUCAGUGCUGUAAGCCCCUCCCUCAGGCCCUCUCUACCUCACGAUUCAAUCCCUCUCUUCUUUCUUAAUCAGCUGGGAUCCUGUGUCAGUUGACACAAUGAUGCAUGACUCUGUUUCUUCUGUUUUGCUUUCUAUAUCUAAUAAAGCACAAUAGUUGCACCA